AACCAUACUUUGAUGUUUCUCUUUCCGCACAAACCAUGGCCGAAUCUGUUGUAGAAGCAAUAUUGGGUCAUCUGGAAUGUGCUAUCUGUCACUGCAGAUUGGAACAUGCAAAAUGCCUCAAAUGUUUGCAUACUUUUUGUGAGAGCUGCAUUAAUCGGGCAAUAGAGGCAAAUGCAGAUUCAGAUUCUUCAGAUGAUUCUAUUACAUACGAUAGGCCUAAUCAUAGGAUCAGGUGCCCGAUGUGCCGUCAAGAAACAGGUUAUGAUUAUGAUAGAUCGGAAGCUCUGAGACCAAAUUUGUUGGCUAACAAGAUCAUCGAAGAAAUUAAACGCCAUGAGGAUUCUGAAUCAAAGAAAGAAUUCUGCAAGGAGCAUGGCGCUGAAAAGAAAUAUUUCUGUGAGAAAUGUAACGUGCUAAUCUGUAGUGAGUGUGCCCUUUGCAAUCACGGGAAACAUACAUUCUUGAUUAAGAACUUGGAAAAAGCUUCCGCAGCAAAAGUGGAAGAAAUCGUAAAAUUGAUGAGUAAAGCAACGGAAUGGAUGGAGUCUUUUGAGAAUUUUCGUGGAGACUAUGCGGCUAAACAAGCGGAAGGAAAUGAACGACUUGACAAUAUAUCAGAAGUAAUCAAAGUACGUUUCAAUUCGUAUUUAGAACGUAUUACUGAUAUCAUCAAUCAUAGGAAAGAUGAUCUCUUGGCAGAGGUCAAAACCAAUCGGAUUGAUCUUAACAAGACUCUAGAUAACAUAUUGAUACCUGUAGGGGAAGCGGUUUCCAAAGUCACAGAUGAAAUAAAAUUUGCUGAAGGACUUUUAGAUAGUACUGACCCAAAAGAAGUGGUUCUUCAAUACAAGGACUGGGCAAAACGCCUAAGUCAAGGUACAGACCAACGAAUUCCUUCUGAUGUAACUGCAAGACGUCAAUGUACUAGAGUUGGGUCUCUGCACUUCUCUGAGAGUGAGGUACCCGUCUUUGAGGUACCUAAAGUGGGCGUCCUUCAGUUUCAGAUUCCAGAAGCUAAUAGCCAAGGUGAAGAGAAAUGCGUUCUCCAAGUUCGCAAGCACAGACUUCUUCUCACUCUCCGUGCCCAGGUAUCCGGUAGAAUAAAAAUAAUGACACCGUAUACGAAUGACAGCAUAUUGGUUCAUUAUCAAAAUGGUCACACGGAAGUCCUUUGGUCAGAUGGCAGUAGCAAAAGAAUAAGGUCAGCUAACAUCUCAGCCAAAGAUAUGGCAUCACUGACUGAUGGUCGUUUCGUCACUCUGACGAAAAGAAAUAAGGUUAAGAUCUAUGAGAGUGGAGGCAUACAGCAAAACAUUAAGUUCUCAAUACAUGAGGAUGAUGGAGUGGUGGAUGCUAUCACUACAGAUCCCGAGGACAAUGUCUUGAUGCUGUACUCAGAACUCGCGAAAAUCGUUAGACUUUCUUCAGGUGAUGGGUCACGUAUUGAUGCAGUCUCCGUAGUUGGCAUUAAAUCAAACGGGGAACUGAGGAUCAAUUCAACAGAGAAUGGGAAGAUUGUCAUUAUACAGGACGAUGGGGUCGUAAUUGCUUCAUCGGAUAAUUCAUGUCGAGUAAUAGCUCUCUCAACGACUGGUAGAGUGUCCUGUGACCAAGAAGGCAAUCUAUGGGUUAUAUCUCAUCAUAACAUCCAGGGUACUCGCAGAGCUUUCCUGGAGGUUUAUGGAGACCAUGGUGAACUCCUUGCGGAGACCUAUCUUCCAAAUGAUAAUACGGCUGUAGGUUUUAAACCUUGGGGCAUUGCUGUGUCGACAAGUUGCUUUGCGGCAGUCCUAUCACCGAGCCAAGUAGGCUGGUUCAUCUGGGAUAUUUGAAAUCAUGACGCACGUUCAGUAGGCCUAGACUUUAUUUUCAACAUUAUUCCAGUGGCUUGAUGUAUUAAAUGGUAGUGAUUUUUUUUUUACCUGAUUGCUAAGAAAGCAUGAAUGCUUGUAAGCAAGCAACCAGAGGACCGAAUAGCUUAAGUUUCUCUCCUGGGGACCUGGUAAUACGAAUAUAAAUACCUUACCAAAGGGCACUAGCACACCAAUUGGGAAUACAAAACCUCCGCCCUACCGACUGAGCUACAGGUAUAGGCAUAUUUAUAAAGGUACAUUCUGGUCCUUAUUUCCAAGUAUCGAUAUUUGACCCAAGAAACUAAACCAGAAGUAAUGAGAAACACAAUAUUUGUGAUGUUAAAAUAUAUGAUCGAGUAUUAAGAGCAAGCCAUUAUUGGAUAUCACCAAUUUGUAUAUCUUCUGGGAGUUAUGUUGAGCAGAACGGAGAUCAGAAGUUUUCCAGGUAUUAACAUUCAGGCAAUAUUCGACACACUGGCGGGUCCAGGGGGGGGGGGGGCAAAGCCGGCCCGCUGAUAAUGAUAUUAAGCAACGUUUGAGCACAUUUUCAAUCAAAUAAUGUGUGGUCACUAGUCACAGGGUCCAAUAGUUAUGCCAAUACCACUGGUUUAUAUGGAAUCGUUGCAUUGCUUUAAACCCAAAAGCUUUCACACUUUUCCCAUUUAUUAUAUUUGAUGCUAAUAUUAACGCAAUCCUGAAUUGUCUGCUCACUAUGUUCGCUAUAGGCUGAUUUGGUAUACACAUUGGGCAGGGGUCAACGUGGCCAAAAUUACCAAGGUGGUCAAAAUACUUUGGGGAUGCCCAAUUUUAAGGAUUAAUACACCAUAGGUGUCACAUCACAACCUUGUAACGAUUUAAUAACAUUCGAAGUAUUUUUGGAUAAAUUGAAGUAUCAUGGUAUUGGUCGUUUUGGGGGCCGAAAAUUGGCCAAAAUAAACAUAAGCUUUAAAAUAGGGUCAUUAAGAGUGAUAUAUUUGGAAUAAGCAUACAAUUCUACACAAGAUAGACCAUUAAAUGCAUUUCCAUUUUAUAAGAGAAGAGAAAAACACGCUGAAGACCUCAAAUUCUUACCUAUUUGCUCAGUUUAUUAUGCAAAACUGUGCGAAUGGUCAGUUGUCUAAAGUACACAAAAUGACCCUCAUCAAUACUAAUGGAAUAAAUUACAUAAGGUCAAAAUACUUAUGAGAUGUUCAAUUUAAAGGAUUAAUACACCAAUGUUAGGUGUCGCAGCACACCCUUGUAAUGAUUCUGGUAUAACAUUGAAGUAUUUUUGGAUAAAAUGAACUGAUGUUAUGGGUCAUUUUGAGGGCCGUAGGUGGCCGAAAUGACCAUAAGCUGUUGAAUAGGGUCAUUAAGACUGAUAUAUUUGAAUCAGCAUAAAAUUAUACACAAGAUGGACCUUCGAAUGCAUUCCCAUUUUAUAAGGGAACAGGAUAAAACACACCAAAGACCUCAGAUUCCUACCUAUUUGCACAGUUUAGUCUGCAAAACUGCGCGAAUGGCCAGUUAUGUCUUAAGUACCCAAAAUUACCCUCAUAUGUAAACACUGAUGGAAUAAAUUACAUUAGGUCGAAAUACUUUUGAGAUGUUCAAUUUAAGGUAUUUAUACACCAAUGUUAGGUGUCACAGCACACCCUAACGAUUCUGGUCACAUUGUAUUUUUGGACAAGUUGAACUGAUGUUAUUGGUCAAUGUGAGGGCCAUAAGCGGCUAGAAUGACCAUAAGCUGUUGAAUAGGGUCAUUAAGACUGAUAUAUUUGGAAUCAGCAUAAAAUUCUUCACAAGACAGACCUUUGAAUGUAUUCCCAUUUGAUAAGGGAAGAAGAUGAAUUAUGCUGAAGCCUUCAAUUUCUUGCAUAUUUGAACAGUUCAUAAUGCAAAACUCUGCGAAUGGUCAGUUAUGUCUAAAGUACCCAAAAUGACCCUCAUGAGGUUGAUUGUUAUGAUCCAGUGCACAUUUUAAGAAUAAAUGUGGAUUUCUAAAGACAUCUAAUCGUAGUUCUGAACAAUAUUUGUAACACAUUUCGGACCAAAAAUUGAUGAAAAUUGUCAUUUUUGGUCAGCACUUGGCCAUAAUGACCACUUAUAUUGUGAUUUGGCAAAUGAGACCACUUUAUCUGGAAUCUGGGUGCUUUUUUACUUAGAGUAGACCCUUUCAAUUGGAUGUGGUUACAAAAGCAAUCUGUUAAGGGACCAUUUUCCAAAGAGUGGUCAAAAUUGUCAUUUUUGGUCAAAAAUAGGCCAAAAUGGCGUGAGUACGGUCAAUAAGAGUGACAUUUUUGGAAUCAGCACACAAUUUUACCCCGGAUAGGCCUGUCAAACCUUCCCCACCAAAAAUUCUGAAUAAAGCCCCCUAUCUCCUAGACUUUAUAUGUAGAAUGCCUAGCAACUGAGUCUUGGAACUCUAGUUGGAAUGCUCCCCAGGGAGUGUAGAAAGUGCAUACAUUGUAUGCGGACAUGCAAGGAUCCGACGACCGGUGUAAUAAUAUGCUGUAAAGCGCUUUGGGCCAUUAUGGGAAAAGGGCUAUAUAAAAUAGCUAUUGUUAUUAUACUUUAUUAUUAUUAUUAUUAUUAUUAUGAUUAUUAUUAUAAUUAUUUAUUAUUAUUCUCCAUAGGAAGCACCCCCAAGGUAUUCUGGAAGGUGUGAAAAAUCGAAAAAUGUAACCAAAAGGACAUCCAUUUUGUAGUGUAACCCUUUUUUUUUUGCUUUUCAAAUAUCUCGAGCACAAUUUGAACUCCAUUUUGUCGGAAUGCUGUAUGAUACAAAGCGAAUCAAAUGCUUUUCGUAAAUGCUAGCAAUUUUUAAACAGUUAUUUACGUAAAAAUGCUCACGGUGAAUGGUGAUAAGAUAAACUUAUUUGAUAAAGUGUUCUUUGUCAUUUUUUACAGGACCCCCAAGAAAAGCAGUGCCUAUUUCACUGACGGGGUUAUCCCGGGUAAAUAAAAAAAAAAAAAAAAUAAUGAUAAUAAAUAAAUGAAUAAAUAACUAAAUAAUAAAUGAAUAAUUAAAUGAAUAGAUUAUGAUUACGAAAUUCACUUUUAUCUUAGACUAUCUAACAUUCAACAAU